CUGCUCUGAUUUAGUGUUGCAACGUCUGCGGUAAAUGGUCAGCUUGCGAUGCUCAUUCCAUAGCCGUGAUCUCGCCGGACUCCAGCUGGAGGGAGGAUGGCGCCUGGGAAGAGCCUCAGGUGCAUGGAGCUUGCGCUGGCCUGCGAGUGGGAUGCUUGCGAGUUUGUGGGGAAGGGCAUGGAGGAAUUCUGCGAUCAUGUCGCCGUGCACCUGCGGGAACACCUCACCGAGUACGACAGCUUCGGCGAGUUAGACGAGUAUCAGUGCCUGUGGCGGGGCUGUGGCUUCCUGGCGGUGGAGGGCCCUAACGAGCUGGUGGUGCACGUCAACUACCACAGUUACCACGCCAAGCUCAAGUACCUCGGGGGUGAGCUGCAGCGGCUAAGGUCUGACCUCCCCGUGUGCUCGCUGGAGAGUCAGAACCAGAACCUGAUCCCCGAGAUCGCUGAGACCUUUACCUGCCAGUGGGAGCAUUGUGAUAGUACCUUUAAUAAUCCAGAAUGGUUUUACCGGCAUGUGGACAUGCACGGCCAAUGCACUGACAGAGAGACUCUUCCCAACAAAAACAAAACUAUUCCCUGCUGCUGGAAAGGUUGCGACGCUUGCUUCAGAGUCAAGUUUAAGCUGCGGGAGCACCUGCGCAGCCACACCCAGGAGAAAAUCGUCUCGUGCCCUAACUGCGGGGGCAUGUUCUCCAACAACACCAAGUUCUACGACCACGUCCGCCGGCAGACUUCCAUCGAGCAAGACUUUCCCUGUCAGCACUGUGACACAUUUGCCAACGAGCGGCUCCUGCGGGACCACGUGCGAAACCACGUGAACCAGUUCAAAUGCCCACUCUGUGACAUGACCUGCACCACCUUCUCCUCCCUCAGGACCCACAUCAAGUUCCGCCACUGCGACGAGAGGCCGUACCCGUGUGACUUCUGUGAGAACAGCUUUAAGAACUUAUAUGAUCUGCGGAAGCACAUCGAAACGCACAGUGAUGAGCCCACGUACCACUGCAGCUCUGAGGGCUGCGAGUUCACAGCACGCACCGUGCAGACACUCAAACAGCACUACAGGAAGGUCCACGAGCCCUACAACCCCAAGCCCCAACAGAUCGGGUGGUCCAAGCUGGACAAAAAGCUUGGCCGACGGUGCGCUCAAUGGCGAGCUACGCUGUUUUAG